AAAAGAUUGUGUGACUAAAAUUUCACUUUAAUCUACUAGAGAGGCACACGUGUUAUCUCCCCGGGAACGCAGAGAGAGAAACCAUCACAAAGCGGCUUCAGAGACAUUACUGGACCAGUGGAGAGGAAGAGACUUCAUUGAAGAAAUACUGAUGAACUGGGAGGUUUCAUAAUUGUAAAACUUCCGAUAAGCUGAGAUACGCAAUUUAAAAGUCUGUGACACAAGUCUGCGGGCCGAGUGGAAACUAGCAGGCGAGGCCAGAGGAGGAAAACUCAGCUGUGCAUCGCCAAGGAGUCGCAUAACCAGGAAGCAAACACAGAAACGGCAAACUUUUAUGGCGACUUGCUGGGAGGAGAGGGCAGAGAUUACUUUUAAACUUUUGGGACUAAAAAGCAGAUUGAUCUUCCUGUUUAUCAACCUGACUGCAGCAGCAAUCCUUGGACCUGACUGAAUCUGGAGGGGAAACCUACUUCACUUGAUGAACAGGAAGUGAAAGGUUGUUCAGUCCUGAAACGCCAGUCGUUUGCAUCCUGAGUCCUGUGGGAAGGAAGGUUCAGGCAACAGCUGCACUUUUUCCAGAAAAGGGGGCCGCGCCAAUAAAACAAAGGGACCAUAAAGCUUGUUGUGACGUACGGAUGGAUGAGGCGGCGCUGGGUGAUCUCUGAUGCAGAGCGCUGGUGUGGCGGCGAUGCAGUCGGAAGGCAUCCCAGAUGGAGCUGGGACGUAACAAGCGAUGAGCUGUUUCAAGAAAGACAUCUUGACUCCAGGCACACCGGCAGCUCCGGCACAGACUAUCUGGGAGAUAACCUGGCUUUUCUGUGAGGCAACUGACUGUGCGGACGACUAUUGCAUGGAUGCCAUCGACUUGACUACCAUCGACAGAGUCAUUUCAGCGAGCUUACAAGAGAGCGGAGGAAUCCUGUUAGCUGAAGCCCGGGAGGAGCGCGCACUGCGCCGGGUAGCAGACUGACCCGGAGGACGGCCACCUCGGAGACAAGGUUAUGAGGGAACUGAGCUGAACAUGGAGCUUUUCUGGAUUUUGUUAUUUUCUAGCGUCUGCCCUCUCGCCUGGGGCCAAGGAGUUUACGCUCCAGCCAACGCCCAGAUCGUGCACUCAGGCGCAGCGUGCAACGUCAAGGAUGAUAACAUCAGUGAGAGGAUCUACACCAUCAAAGAAGGAGACACACUAGUGCUUCAGUGUAUUGUUAAAGGGCACCCACGACCACAGGUACGGUGGACGAAGACGGCAGGCAGUGCAUCGGACAAGUUCCAGGAAACAUCCAUCUACAACGAGACGCUGCGCAUCGAGGGCAUCCAGAGGGUGCAGGGGGGUCGCUACUACUGCAAGGCCGACAACGGGGUGGGGGUGGCUGCCAUCAAGUCCAUCCGCGUAGAUGUGCAGUACCUCGACACACCAGUUCUGACGGUGCACCAGACCAUCAGCGACGUGCGCGGCAGCUACUACCAGGAGAAGACGGUGUUCCUGCGCUGCACCGUCAACUCCAACCCUCCCGCGCGAUUCAUCUGGAAACGCGGCAACACGCUCAUUGAGCAGAGCAAGGACAACGGAGUGGACAUCUACGAGCCGCUUUACACUCAGGGCGAGACCAAGGUGCUGAAGCUGAAAAACCUUCGACCCAAGGACUUUGCAGAUUACACCUGCCAGGUCUCCGUCCGCAACGUGUGCAACAUCGAAGACAAGUCGGUCACCUUCAGGCUCACGAAUGCCACAACUCCCCCGAUGAUCCGGCUGUCAGUCAACGACACGGUGGUGGUGGACCCCGGGCAGGAUGUGCUCCUAACCUGUGAGGUGACGUCAGGUUUCCCCCCGCCGACGGUGACGUGGUCACGGUAUCCCGGCCCCCUUCCCCUCAGCGCCCAAGUUCGAGGGCCGACGCUGAUCCUGCGGGCCGUCACCCCGGCCGACGCGGGCUUCUACAACUGCUCGGCUGUCAACAACGUGGGCAACCCCGCUCGCAAGAACGCCAAUCUGGUUGUCAGGACAAUGAGCAACCUGACCUUCCAGAUCACACCGGACUCCAACAAGGACAGCGAGACCAUCCAAAUGGGUCGAGACCUCAAGCUGUCGUGCCACGUUGACGCCACCCCGCAGGACAAGGUCAACUACACAUGGUACAAGAACGGCGCACCCGUCUUCAACUCAGAUAGCCUGAUCCUGCUACGCAGUGACCCAGACAUGGCACCCGGCACCAGCAGCUUGGAGAUUGUGGACAUGAAGUUCAGAGACUUGGCGACCUACAGCUGCGUGGCGAACUUCCCAGGGAGCAGAGUGCCGGAGCUCCGUGUGGAUGUCAACAUCUCUCAGAGCAGCGUCUCUCCUCCGAUGCUGUCGGUUCCACCCGGAGGUCAGGUGGUCAGCGUGCGAGAGGGCGGCAACGCCGAGCUGGUGUGCUUGGUGGUGGACGGCAAGCCGCGUCCGCCUGUGCUGUGGUCGCGGACGGAAAAGGACCUGCUGAUGCCGUCGGGGGCGACCAUGGUGGAGACGCCCGACGGCCGCCUCAGGCUGAAGAACGUCAGCAGGGACAUGAUGGGGCUGUACCGGUGCCAGACGGCUCCGUACAACGGGCUGAACAUCAAGCGCAGGGAGGCGCAGGUCCAACUCAAUGUGCAGUAUCCUCCUAUACUGGACCCGGUCUUCCAGGACAUGCGCUCGAGGAACUAUCAGAUGGUGACCCUGACGUGUACGGUCCUGCGGUCGAACCCGCCUCGCCUGACAGACAUCCGCUGGUUCCGUAAUGGCGACCUCAUCCGCAUGCCGAUGCCGGACCUGAAGGAGACACCGGAGCUGAAGUUCAAGCUGGAGCCCAACAACAACGGCUCCUACGAGUGCCGAGUCAGCAAUAACGCGGGGACGUCGACCUGCACGUUUAACGUCUCGGCCCAACCCUACAAUGCAGAGUUCUACUUCGACACGCCCAACCCAGUCCGAAUCCUAAAAGGGAACAACUAUUCGUACAACCUGCAGUGGACACAGAGAGACCCCGAGGCCACGGACCGGAUCAUAGGCUACUGGAUUAAUGUACGCAAGAACAAGCAGAGCCUGCUUUCAAAGCAGAUAGACCUCAAGGGUAAGGAGCCAGAGAAGGGUGUGCUGAUGUCCUACACCAUCUCAGACCUGAGAAUCCCUUUGUCCUACGAGGUCCGACUGGCCCCCAUCACAACCUACAGCACUGGGGACUACAUCAGUCGCAUCAUACAGUACUCAGAGCCCUACACCUAUCCACGUUCUUCGGACCAUGUGUGUGGUUUCGAGGAUGAGCGCAUUUGUGGUUUCUCUCAAGACCGGAGCGAUAUCUUUGACUGGACAAGGCAGAAUCACCUGACGCAGAAUCCCAAGCGAUCUGCCAAUACCGGCCCGGAGACUGACCGCAGUGGAACCAAGGAGGGUUACUACAUGUACAUCGAAGCGUCGCGGCCUCGUGUGCCCGGAGACAGGGCUCGUCUACUUUCUCCACUUUACAAUGUGACUUCAGUCAGAGGCCCCAAGGGCUCCGGCAGAGUCCCAUACUGUGUCUCCUUCUACUACCACAUGAAGGGCAAACACAUCGGCACUCUCAAUGUGCUUCUGAGAGUGAGAAGCAUCGCCUCUGUGGACUCGGUGGUGUGGACAAAGUCUGGUCAGCAGGGCCCAGACUGGAAGAAAGCAUUCUUUGACAUCAGCCCCAGCGGACCCUUCCAGAUCGUGUUCGAAGGAAUCCGGGGCCCGAGUUUCGAAGGGGACAUCGCCAUCGACGACGUCUUCAUCACCAUCGGGAAGUGCAAGCAGGAGAACACUGUAGCCAGCGCAGGUAAGACAGUUCUGAUCGGUGGAUCACGCUCGCUCCCAUUGGCCAGCUGGCUGACCUUUGGCCUCUCCUGCAUCCUGUCGCUGCUCCACAGAUGAUGAGCACUUCCCACAGCACCGCCUGUCUGCAGCGACAGACACUGCCCUGACUCGCGCUCUUUUACUUCUCUCUCUCUCCCCCGUCCUCUCCUCUCACUUACCCGUCUCCCCAACUGUCCGUCUUUCUCCACUCGUCUUUCUAUCCUCCAUGCAUCCAUUUCACCCCUCUCGCUUAGAUAAAUGGUAACAUCAAGUCUUCGUCUAGAACCUCCCGCUCUGCUUUCUUUGAACCUCCCCCCCACCCUUCCCCUUCCAGACGCUCAGUAUAACCAACUGAUGCUCAUACUGUAUUUAAGGUGAAGACACGUCAUGAUAUUUGACAGUCGGGCUUCUCUCCUUUGUCGAUCUAUUAAUCCAAUUAAAUUCACUUUAAUCAUGUCAACGUGUCACUCCGUCACCUCUCCCCCCCUCCAUCGACCUUCCUCAUACAUAUGUGCACCCUCUCAUGUAUCUCCUCUCCCCCUCCAACCACAAUCCUCGACGUCCCCCCAGCCCCACCCCCCCACCCAGUUCCCAAGACACGCCAAAGUGUCGGACACUCUACCAAAGAUGACAAAGGACCUGAGGGAAUAAAAUGAGGAAACAGGGAUUCCAAGGAAGUGAAAGAAAAAAGCGGGGAAAAAUCCUCUCUUUUUCACAGAGACCGCCGCCCCUUUCCGACCCAACCUUUGGGAUCACGGGAGCUACGGAAUGACAAAAGAGACAGAUGGAAGAAAAAAAAAAAAACACUGAUGAAUGAAUGAAUGAAUGAAUUAAGAAAUGAAUGGAGAGGACUGAGGGUAAAAGGACAAACCAGAAACAGAGGAGAAAAGAAGGGUGCUCCUGGCCUCUGCUCGCCACAAGAGACGAACCUCAGUGCGGAGUAUACGUGUACAUUUAUCUCUCUAUAUAUUAAAUAUAACAAAGUUUAAACUUAAACACAACUAGGACAGUGGAGGACUUUACAAAGUGAAAUUAAAGAAGCACAACGUUUAUACAACCUCUGCUGUUCCUUUGGGUUUUAUUCUACUUAUUAUGUGAUGUUGCAAUUUGUCAGACCUAUUCAAUGUUUUUGAUAAUUUGCUCUUUUUUUGUUUUGUUUUGUUUUUUUUGUUGUAUGGCGUCACAAAGGGUCGAGGGGCAAUGGAUAAUAAAGUAUUAUAUUAAUAUUUAUGAGAGGAAGAGAAGAUGGUUUGUGAUCUGGAGCCUGAAUCAAGCAACACAGUACAAACAGACACACACACACACACACACUGGGUUUUUCCUCGCUGACGUCAUAUACGCAGCUCACCCUCCGCCUCGAUGACGCGUCUCGUCCGUGGGUGACACAUGGAUGGUGAACGCGGCGUUCACAUUUCCGCUCCUUCACCGUUAACCUCUCACCACUGGACACCUUCGCUCGGAUGUCUGGACUAAUCAUCGGCAACAGAAAUAACCAGGACAUGCAUCUGUAACGAGCAGAGAAGCCCGGUGUGGUCUCAGUUGGAUGUGAGAUCAGACAGCGUUUCUUCCUCCACAGGUUGUCGAAUGUCAUGUGUGAAAUUGAGUGUGUGAAAGACGGGAGAGGAGUGUAAGGCGGGUGUGCAUCGCGGAUUUGCAUAUCAGUUUUUUGUCCAACAAGCAUCGAAUGUCUGUAGCGUAAAUGAUUUUUUUUCAUAAUCGCAUAGAUAUGAUUGUUAAAGUUAAGCAAUACUCAUAUCUACAGAUCUAUAUACGACAGUUUGUGGUAACAUUACGUCCACAGAGUGACAAUUCUGUCCGUAACGCAGCGUAAAAUGAACAUCUCUCUUCAUCUGUCAGUGCUGAUCAUUGAUUACUAAUGUAUUCACCGUACACGUAAACCUCUUGCUGUUUUAAUUGGGGGACAGUCAGUAUGUUUGCAUUUUGCUGCAUCAUGCUUCGGCUUCUCAUGACAAAAAAGUUCCAUGUUCACGAGUCACCGCGCUCUGAUGAGGGAUCUGCUUGUGUGUGCUUCAUCGCCACGUCCAUUUACAUGUGAACCAGUCUUUUCAGAACAAUAUGUACUUCUGUCUCUGUCAUGUCACCUUGAUUUGAUCACUGCACUUGUUUCUUGUCUUUGUUUGCUUUUUCUUUAUUGUGUUCGGUACGAAUUGUAUCACUGCUUUACACAUGGAAAUGAAACCACUGUUUUGGCUCGACCAGCCCGUUGUGAGCCGCACUUUCCAUGUUGGACGGAUCUGUGAAACUCCACAGAUGGCAGUGUGUUGUCAGAAAAUGGAAGGUGCUUUGAAAAAACCUACUGUAAGCAAACUCAUGUAUCUUUGCUUUUUUAUCUAUGUCUUGAUAAAUGUACCUCGGUGCGAUGAGGGCGCCCGAUGGCGGUUUUUGCCUGAGCAACACAAACUAUUUUAAGAGGUACAUGUGAGUGAUACGCUUUACUGUAAAUGUAGCCUGUUCAUUCUGCAUUCACACGUAUACUCUAAGACUGAGCUUCUUUCCAGCUUGUUGAAAUCCUCCUCCAACCGUCCGUUGUCAUUCUCCCAAAAGACAUCGUAACAUGUUUGGUUUUUAGGCGUUUCACUGUGACACGUCCAGUUUUCCGCCAUCCUGUCUGGUUACGGAACUGGCCACAUGUGGUUAAGUUGUACAGUACCAUCAGCAUUAUCUAGCACUAAAGCAGCACACGGUGGGUCAGUACAUUACCCGUAUAGUAUUAAAUACAUUUUAGAAAUACAUUUAAGAGGUAUCAUUACGCGUUGAUGUGCAUGGCAUUUCAUCAUGCUGUUAAUCAUUCCUCGUAUGAGCUUAUCCCAGCGACAGUAGUUACGGGAAACACUAACGUUGUUAUCAUUGCAUUUUCUGUCGGGGUGUUUUUGGCUUUUUGUGACAUUUUGAGACUGAAGUCUAAAGUGGAAGAUCAUAUCAUAUAAUAAUUCACAUAAAAAGUCCACAUAAUCGCUUAGCUUUUAGAUUGUCAUUGUGUUGACUGUAUAAAUUUUAUGGCAAUGUUGGGAAGUAACCAGUCAUAAACUCCUGGAUGAAAGUAGCUGUUGUUUUUUUCUUAGUAUGAAUCAACAAAAUCUUCAAAAUUGGUCUCGUCAGCAGUGCUUGAUUCCAUUUUCCGACCAGAUGGAAAACAUUGUUUUCAACAGAAUGUAAAUCACGUUACUGUCAUUGGUUUUAAAUUUAAACCAUUUUGACAGUGGUUCACUAACUGCUCUUUCACAAUAUUCAGAGUGUAACACAUCAUUUUAUUCAUGUCCUGUCUGGAACAGAUAGAAACUGACGUUUGCAUAUUCAUUCCAUGAAAAAAAAAAUCACAAAUACUGAGAGCGUCACUUAUAAUUCAAGUGAUGUGCAAUAUUUCUGAAGACAAAAAUAGAAUCAUGUGCUUCAUUUGUUUCAAAAUAACAUCUGUCAAUAAAAUUUUAAUAAAAAAUAAAUAAAUAAUGAAAUGACAAAGCUUCAGUCAGUAAUAAAAACAUCUGUCCUGUGUGAUAUUCUGUUGUAGCAGCGCUGUAGCCGAGCACAGUGGGAACAUGUAGCACAUCUGUCAGUUGCCACACAAUAGUUCAGGAGGCUGAGUUGUUUGGCUUGAAGCAACAGAAGUUGUGUGAGGUUGUGUGAGAUCAAUCAAAACUUAUUUGACAUUGAAAACGCUGUCGUUAGAACUCAACUUCAAUAAAGUCAUCGCCUGUACAGUGCUUUGGUUUUCACACCGGCGAACAUGAAGGCCUUUUAAGUCUCGCAGCUCUGAGAAACUGAUGCUUUGAUAGAACACGAUGGGAUUCUCCAAAAGUAAGGUUUACUUAGACGAGCUCAGAUCCAGUUUUAAAGGAUUUGGAUGAAGACAAACCAAAGACAAGAAGACUUGUUAAAUGUUUACCACGCAAAUGGGUUGAGCAGGCAGGUGACGUGGGUGUAACGGUACACAGAGGUCACAACUCUGUACAAAGUCAUUACUGGGUCGGGGUUCAGUAGGAGAUGGGUACGAUGGGAUGCACGAGCCGAAGUGUCCUGUCAUUUACUUUUAACAUAUACAUAUACAUUGUCGGACAUUGUUUUUUUUUUUUUUUAGUCUACUUCCUCUUCUGCUGAUGUUGCUUGAUGGUGGCUGGAAAACAGCUUUUAGGCGCAUCACUGGAUUGGAGUGUUGAUCAAUACGGUUAUACUCUCACCUGUUCAACAUUCGCUCUUGUGUGACAGUCAGGCGUAUUCUUCGUCUACAAGUCUUUUCUAAUAUAUUUCAUUUAAAAAGUAUAUUGAUUUCAGUCGGACUCUCCUCACAUAGGUUAAGUCAGUGACUCGGUGUGGCUUUUCCAUAAAAAUCCCAGAAAGCAGAGACUUUCGUCAUCCCAUUUGUCAGCUAAAUGUUAGCAAAUGCCACUCGGUUUAUCUCACUUCCUGUUCACAACAUGCUCAUUCAUCUGCCUCCUGAGUCCCUGUUAGAGCUGCACAUGUACACAAACAACUUACAGAAAGAUAUGUCUGCCAUUAUAAAGGUGAAAAAAAAAAUAAAAACCACAAUGACAAACUGACUGUUAAUCUUCAAAACUUCUGUAUCCUGUCUGUACUGGCUUUGAAUUGAUUGGAAUUAAGCUGCAAGAGACUGUCCGGAGGAAAACUCUGCCUCUGUUUCUUGUCCUGAACUGUGCAAGCUGCUGACACACGGAGCAACAGCAGGCAGAUAGAUAGAUCGGCCUUUUUUUCCUCCUGGGAAAUAAAUAGAGGUAUAUGUUCAAAAGUUCUUUCCUUUUUUCUUUUUUUUUUUUUAGGACAUGAGAUAAUGUGAACUGAUCAGUGUCCAAGAGCUGUCAACACACCAGGUUAAUGUUUCCCUGUAAAGUUGCUCAAAAUGUGAUUAAAAAGGUUGAUUUACAGAGCGGAAUGACAUUUUUUUUCCACAAAACACUGUGACCCUUGCCCUGGUUUCUCAAAAAAUUAAACCAUGUUGUUUUGAAUAUGAGGUCUGAUAAAAAUAAAUAAAUAAAUAAAAGAAAUAAAAAUAGCCUUAUGAUCACCAAACCACACACCUCGCCAGUCUACUGACGUCCCAGUGGAUGUCUUGACAUUGGACCAACACACACACACACACGUGGAGUCUCUGUUCAGUGUUCCCAGGCAUAAUGUUUCAUCCAGCAGCGUCAGAAGGGAAACACACCACAAAAACCUUAGAAAACGCUUUUUAUUUUAGGACACACCUGCCUGUUGUGACUCACUGCAAUGAGCAUUGUCUUCACACCGAGUAAAAGGUUUUGGGAAACAGUGCAUCGGUCACAGUGAUAGUACACACACACACACGCCGACUGUCGGGUUUUUAACGGCACACAGUGGCCUAUGUGUCGAUCCGUUUUGGGAUAGAAGAUGUGAAAUGCACCUUUUAGUGGGGAGAAAAGGAGAGAAGGAAGGGUAUC